AUGUCUUCACGUGAAUUUGAUAUAAUUGUUUUUGGUGCUACGGGUUUUACGGGUCAAUAUGUGUUCGAAGAAUUAACGCGAAUCUCUAAAGCCGAAAACGUGAAAUUUGCUUUAGCCGCUAGAAACGAAAACAAGUUAAAAUCUGUAAUGGAAAAGUCAAGAAAGUAUCUGCAGUCUGUCGGUAAAACGAUAAAUGCAGAUAUACCCAUUAUUAUUGCUGAUGUUAGUGAUGAAAAUUCACUGUUAGAAAUGUGUAAGAAGACCAAAGUUCUUUUAAAUUGUGUAGGACCAUACUAUUUAUAUGGAGAAAGUGUCAUUAAAGCAUGCCUGGCUGCUGAAACUCAUCAUUUGGAUUUUAGUGCAGAACCACAGUUUCUUGAAGGGAUGCAAUUGAAAUAUCAUGAAGAAGCAAUUCAAAAAGGAAUUUAUAUAAUUGGAGCAUGUGGAUUUAGUAGCAUUCCUUGUGAUUUGGGAGUAUCUCUAGUUAAAAAAAUAUUUCCAGGUGAUCUUAAUUCUGUAGAAACAUAUCUGCAACUUAAUAAAAGACUAAUGGAUACAACUUUUAAUUCAGGAACAUGGAACUCUGCUGUUUAUGGAAUAACGACUUUGAAUAAAGCUAAAAAAGUUAGAAAACAAUUAAAUAAGACUAUUUUUAAGAAAAGGCCACAAUUCUCACAUCCUCUAUCAAAAAGACCUUUUGUCUUUAAAAGUGACAUUAUAAAUAAAUGGUGCGGACCCUUUCCUGGAGGUGAUAAAACAGUCACAAUCCGAAGUCAACUUUUUAAUUACAAUUAUAAAAACGAAAGACCGGUACAGAUACAAACGUAUAUUUUGGGGAUAAUGAUACUUUUUAUUAUUUCACGUUUCAAGUAUGGCAGAAAACUCUUGAUUUCUUAUCCACAAUUGUUUUCUUUUGGGAUUUUUAAAAAAGAUGGUCCAACAAGAAAAGAAGAAGCAUCCUUCACUACUGUGUUUUGGGCUGAAGGAUGGAAGGAUAAACUGGAUGUUAACAAACAACAUACAGAACCACCCAAUAAGAAUAUGAAAGUAAUUUUAACUGCAUCUGAUCCAGUAUACAUUACUACAUCACUCUGUUUAGUCAAUGCUGGUGUUGUGUGUUUGAAAGAAAAUGAGAAAAUGCCCGGAAGUGGUGGUGUCUUAACUCCGGCAGCUGCUUUUGAAGAUACUUCUCUAUUAGAACGGUUACAAAAGUCAGGAAUGGAGUUUAGUAUUAUAGAGAAAUAAUCACAGACUGUUUCACUGUGCUAUUCCAAUUCAAUAG